AUGUUGCACCUUGUUGGUCUUGGUCUCGCCGAUGAAACGGAUAUCACCGUCCGCGGCUUGGAGAUUGUGAAGCGGGCCGAGAGGGUCUACCUGGAAGCAUACACCAGUAUCCUUCUCGUGGACAAGUCAAAGCUGGAAGCUUUCUAUGGCCGCCCCGUCAUCGAGGCAGACCGCGAACUAGUCGAGACUGGCAGUGACGAUAUCUUGGCCGACGGUGAUAAAGUCGACAUUGUGUUCCUCGUAGUGGGUGAUCCAUUUGGCGCAACAACCCACACCGAUCUUGUCCUGCGCGCGCGCGAACUCGGCAUUGAAACCAAGGUCGUUCCUAAUGCCUCUAUCAUGUCCGGCAUCGGCUGCACCGGAUUGCAGUUGUACAACUUCGGACAAACAGUCAGCAUGGUGUUCUUCACAGAGACAUGGAAGCCAUCUUCAUACUAUGAUCGUGUGCGCGAGAACAUUCAGAUCGGUUUGCACACGCUAGUCCUCCUUGAUAUUAAGGUCAAGGAGCAGUCGCUGGAGAACAUGGCGCGUGGUCGCCGCAUCUAUGAGCCGCCCCGCUACAUGACCGUUGCUCAGUGUGCGGCACAGAUGCUGGAGACUGAGGAGGAGCGCAAGGAGGGUGUUUAUGGACCCGAUAGUUUGGCUGUUGGAGCCGCGCGCGUUGGUGCUGCUAACCAGCAGCUUGUUUCCGGUACCCUCAAGGAGCUCUCUACUGUUGAGAUGGGUGCGCCAUUGCACAGUCUUGUUCUCCUUGGCCGGAGAACACAUGAUCUCGAGAGGGAUUACAUCCGCGAAUAUGCGGUCAACAAGGAGACUUUCGAUGCAAGCUAUGCCAAGGGAUAUGGAGCUAGCUUGUAA